ACGUGCAGGGAAGGUUCUACAGGAAACGGGGGCGGUUAGGAAGAAAUGUUUGUGUUACAUAAUAAGUUAGGACAACGAUGGUGUGAAAAUAAGAUGGGAAAAGGGAUUGACAAUAGCAGCAACCAUCGUUUUCACGUUGAAAAUCUUGGUAACACGAUCAAGCUCCUCGAACUGUUGUGCCCCAUUUUCGCUGUUUCCUGAAAGAUUUGCUUGGACUGUCUAAUGAAAAGUCGGACGCUGCCGUAAGGGCCAACGUGUUGCAUCCUUUGUCAAGGUGCCCGUUUAGUGUAUACUUGAUGGCGUUUCAAAUAUCUACCAGCUCUGAAAAGAUGGCAGAUGCUGAACAACCGGAACCAGCGGAGGAUUUUCUAUUUAAGGGGAAAAGAUUGGAUUGCAAAAACAACUUUUUCGGUAAAGGUUUUUUCUUGUUUGACGGAUAUUGGAAGGAAAAUGAAAAUGCAGGUGCUGAAAAAGAACGCGUGAAAUUGAAGGCCCCUAAUCUAAAAAAAGAAGUUGCGAUAAGAAGAAUAAAAAAUGAAGACUGCCUUGAUGGGUGGAAAGAUGUGGCCGAUAAGCUCGUCAAGGGCAACCUGAAUCACAAUAAUAUCUUACGAGUAUUCGGUUAUGAGGAGGACGUGGCCAAUGGAUGGAGGUAUUUUGCCCUAGAACCGUACAGUGCCACGUUAUACGAAUAUUGCAAUGGCAAGUACAAGGGAGCCAUGCCAAACGAAUCGCAAGUUCUUUAUCAAAUUACCAACGGCGUCAGCUACCUGCAUGACAAAGGAAUCGUACAUGGCGAUUUAAAUCCGUUAAACGUCGUCAUUGCUGCCCAGUCCCUUCCUGUGCGCAUGAAAAUCUCAGAUUUUGGAUUGAGCAAAUUCAGUUACAGCAAACAGCUGUCGGAAAAAGGAGAAAACAUUUCCUUUAAAGUGAAACUCUGCCUGAGAAAGUAUUGGACACUGUCAGAGGAAACUAACUCCGUGGAAGGCAUCAAAGACAUCCCCAAAGAUGUCAUUGCAGCUGGAUGCAUUUUGUUUUAUUAUCUAACCCGUGGCAAACACCUUUUUGGUAAUGAUUCUAAGUCAAUUUUGAUAAACCUCAAGGAAAAGUAUCCAGUCAAUUUAGAAAAAUUGGGUGAAAAUCACUUUGCGUACGAGCCCAUCAAAAAUAUGAUAAAUCCCCCAGGAAAAGGAUUCAAUUGGUUGCACAUAGCCAAAAAGGAAUUUAAAAAAGCCCUUUCACGCAAGUCAAGAAUUUACGUUUCGUUCCAAGUCAACACUGGCAAACUACUUGGUAGUGGAACUUUUGGAGAUGUGUUCGAAGGGAAAUUUAACGGCGAUCUCGUUGCAGUCAAACAAAUGACGACGACAACAUCUCAAAAAGAAAUUAUUCAAAGAGAAAUGAAUACACACAUAGAAUUGAAUCACGUCAACGUAGUGAAACUCUUGGACGUCGCUGAUUCGGCCGACAAUAGAUUCACGCAUCUGGCUUUGGAAUUGUGUGGCGGGACAUUGGCAGAUUAUUGCAAAGAGAAAUACAGCGGACCGGAAUUGCCACCAGACGAAUUGGUCCUUUAUCAAAUCGCCAAUGGAUUGCAUUACAUCCACUCGAGAAAUUUGGUGCAUCGCGAUAUUAAACCGGAAAACAUCCUCAUUUCAAUGACGUCGCCCGUUCAAAUGAAAGUCUCUGAUUUUUCGUUUGUUGAGAAAACUCGGGACGAUAUGUUUUCGCAGAGUAAAAUCCGUGGAAGUCUUCUCUGGAUGGCACCUGAGAUACUUAUGUUAUUAAUUGACCCUGAAAACAUGCCUGCCGAACUGCCAGAUGGAACAAUCAAAAGUGACACGUUUUCAUCCGGAUGUGUUUUUUUCUAUUUCCUGACGCGUGGUAAACAUCCAUUUGGGAAAAAUCAAGCCACUGUUCCAGGUAAUAUUUUGGAAAACAAACAGGAGGAAAUGGUCAGCUACAAGCAAAAUUUGGCGGCAGACGACGUAGACGGAAGAAUCCUUGCUGGUUUGAUUGAAAAAAUGAUUCAAUUUGAAGAAGAAAGAAUCGGAUUGCCUGAGGUCAUAAAACAACUAGCCGCUGUAUUGUACGGGAUGGGUAAAAACUCAACCGCUUCAUUUGAAAAUGAAUUGAUUAUGCUGGCGAUCCUUUUAUUUCUUUUUUUAGACAAAAGCAAAUGUCAAUUGAGGCUCGUUGAUGUGUCGUUAUCUGGGGAUUACAGAAUCCGUUCCCACCCCACUGAACCUAUUCUUGCAUGUGCUAAUAAGAUUGGGGUAAUAUUUUAUACUGCCGAAAAUUCGUCUAUUCCUUUUGCCCGAUGGAAAAAGAAAGUCACAUGUGUACCUCAAAACCUCGCUUGGAGAACAUUGGAAUCACUUGAGUGGAAUAUUAACGGGACACAACUAGCUGUUGGAGACGCUAGCGGUACCCUCGUCAUAUGGAAUUACCCAGAAUGUGAAGAUCUCUUUCGAUGGAAACUGCCGGUUUGUGUCCAUGAAAUUGAGUGGAAUGCAUUCAGGCACAACCUUCUGGCUACUUUUCAAGAUGACGGUUACCAAGUUUUCUUAUGUGAUUCAUCCAAUGGCGACAAGAUUACAAUUAACACUGAAGAUGUUGGUGCGGUGAAGUGGAUCUCUGAAAAUCGAAUCGCCGUCUCUUCUCUUAAAGGAAAGAUUAAGAUUUUUGAAAUGGAUGAAAAUAAUUUGACAACAACGCGUCUCAUAAAACAAUUCACACAUGAACACUACUGUUGUUAUCUGGAAUGGAAUGAAAGGACUCGCUAUUUGGUCAGCGGUGGUGGUGGCCGGAUCAAUGUAAAACAAAAUUCAAUUAUUUGGUCCAUGGACCGUGACACGCAUAUUUACAGCCUGAAGACUCGUGUAGAGAAACGCAGGUCUUUUGCUUGGCGUCCGUGCACAGGAAAUGGGGAAGAAGAGGGCGGAAUCGAAAUGGCAAGGAAAUCAGCCAAAAACUUCACUUUUGUAUGUGCAUCGAUAGGCAAAGGCGUUUUUAUUUGGAAUUCUCUGGAAAUCGAACCAAAGCCGCGACGUCUUUCCGAAGAUACAGACUUACAAACGCUCGCCUUUUCAUCGGACGGUCGAUUUCUUGUAGCCGGGGGCAAUAAGAAAUUAAUUAUUUGGUCAGCGGAGGAAUGGGUACAAAUAUACAAACUCAACAACAAGGAAAUGGAUUUUGACGUAAAGAAUAUGUCAUUUUUUACCACAAAAUCUACAAACCUUUACGAGAAGAAACUUAUAGUCAAUUUUAGGCAAGGAAUCCACUUGAAAUCCAGCAUCGUACUUGAAUGCGUGUUCGAAGAAAGUAACAUUUCUGAUUCAGGCAGUGAAAUAUCAACAGAAUCCGACGACGAGGACGACGAGGACGAUGAUGUUAGUCCUGUUGUAGAAUUGGGUCCUCCUUCCUGUUGGGAAGGGUCCUCUAAAACGCCUAAAGGGGUCAUUCAUCUAAAUAGAAACUAGUGAAGAACAGGAUGUCCUGCAAAUAAAGACAAUCAUUUAAUAUUUUCGAAAUAAAACAAGCUUCAAGGACUAUUUUAUCCAAAUGUACUGGGUCCGUCCGGAUGGCCUAGCAUGGGAUGCAGAAUUAUAGAUGAUUCGUUUCUGUGAGUAGGUCCCCUCAUCCACUACUGAUAUGAUAUUCGUGAAUGUGUACCCCCACUACGGAGUAUUACGCACGCAUAUGAUGGUAAAUCACAUGUUAAUAGAAACACCCGCUAGGUUCAGAUUCCUCCGGACGAACCGGACGAACCGUCUAGUAACCAUCACGUCCUACAAGAGUAGGAAUUCCGCAUCAGUCAAACCGGAUGAUGCUUCGGCCGUGAGCGGAAUCAAAGUGACACCAGUUGCAGUGGGUUCGGGACACUAUAAAAUCCGCAUGGAUCAGAGAAUUGCAGCCGCAGCUGCGGAGAAGGCGUCCAAGACGACCACAACGAAAAAAACAACAACAUUACAACGACGUAACGGAAUAAAAACGACAACAACGACGUUGGAGAAACGAUCAAACACGACAUCCAGCAGCCGGAAUACGACAGUCAAACCUGACAAAUGAUGAACCAAUCCACGUUAUAAACAAAGAAUAGCAUUAUAAAAUCUUUUAAAAAUAGUUUUUGUUCAGAAUCAAUGUAGUGUAUAGGUGUCGACGGUGUUGAGUGAUCAUCAACGACCAAUUAAAGACGAAACGCUUGUCAUUAUCAAAUCAAAGAUGUUGCAUGACGGUA